CAGGCGCACAAGGAGACUCUCUCUUGGUGGGUGCACGGUGCUUCGUCAAAUUUCAUGGGCGAAUGACUGAAGUACGAAACGGAUAAGAAGAAAGUGGAAGUACGUAGUGUGCUGUUCGUCGUGUCUGUGAGCCCGCAAAAGCGACGACGACGACGAAAAUGAGCGAGCUUGUUUGGGGAAUAAAGAAUGGCGAUCUUGAGCAAGUGCGAGAUAUCGUCGAGAACAAGAAUAUUGAUGUAAAUCAAAUGAUUGAUGGAAGAACUCCACUACAUUAUGCAGCUGAUUAUGGCCAAAGUGAAGUUGUUAGAUAUCUGCUGGAGAAAGGAGCAAAUGCCAAUGCCACAGACAAGCAUGGAAUCACGACAUUACUAGCAGCGAUCUGGGAAGGACAUACAAAUUGUGUUAAACUGCUGCUAGAGAAAGGUGCUAAGCCGGAUGGUUUAACACCGGAUGGUACGAGCUAUCUGGAUGCAGCUGAGAAAGAUGAAAUUAAGCAGCUUCUGAAACUCCACUAGCAUAAAACCAAACAAAAUGCGGGAUCAUAAUUUUGUUACUUUAGUACAUUAAUGUUCCUCAUAGAGAAGAGAGGAGAGAGAGAGAGAGAAUAUUCCACCACAGCUUGAUUUUUAUUUUUCGCCUAUGAUUAGAAUAUUUAAGCACUCUAAAUUAAUGAACAUAGGUAUGUGGAUGCUGUUUUAUAAUAAUAAUAAUAAAAUAAUAUACUGCAUAUGUCAAGUAUAAUGAAGAGCUCAUUCUCGCGCGUUAAUUCUUCAUGGUUCUAAAUGUAUGCAUAAGUCUACAGAUUUGUAAUACUGAUAUUGUUCUUUCGUAGCUAAAAGACCGAUUAUGAAGGUUAGUUUUAGUUUAAAUUUAACAAUCAUACACAUACAUAUAUAUAUAUAUAUACAUAUAUAUAAUAUAAUGUAUUUUGAUAUAUUCUCUAUAAGACAGUACGUACGACUUUUACAUUUUCUCUUUGUUAUUAAUUUAUAAAUCUCGAGGAACCUUUUUAUACAUUUUUAUGUCAUGUACGCGCGCGAUCAUUGAAUCGUUAUUCCAUUUUAAUCGAAUAAUUUUUUCGUCGCAAGGACGGAGGAUUACUUGUGUGUUUGAGCGAAGUGCUAAGAAAACACUUUCGAGACUCUUGUAUGCUGAGUUGAGUUUUUCAAAGAGAUCUGUGUAAAUUGCGAUCAAAGAAGUAGUGUCUUUGCAAUGCUACCAACGUGUAACGUGUCUAAUGAAUGCUAAGAAUGUACAAUAAUCAAAAGUAAUAAGCAAAUACAUUCAUUGUUAUGAA